AGGUCUCCACCAACAGGAUAAAACAAAGUGGAGUAUUAUCAGGAGCGGAGCAGCUGCCUGCUUGCAUCUGAUUGAGGAGUCUUAAAAUGUGGUCGAUGCCAGCUGCGCACAUGGUGUGCAUCCUGUUUGGGAUCUUAUGUGAUGUCAAGCAAGUAUAUACACAGCCCAAAUUAAUGCAGACUUCUAAUGAGACCGCCCAACUAGAGGAAGACCUCCAUAAAAUUAUCAGUCAUAUCCACUCUUUGUCCAGUGAAAAUGAAGAUACACAGAGUUUCAACACCUCUUCCAGGAGAGAGAGUUUUAACUUUAAUGCAUAUUAUGGUGUAUUGAGUAACCUGUUAGCUCUCUUCCAACCACUACUAAGAGAGGGAUUCAUAGAGUCCCUUCCCAUAACUCUAGUUUGUCUUUUGUCUGGGAGGCAGGAUUGUGGACUGGAGGCAGAGCUAACAAAGGUGGUGUUUCUGGAGUUAGGAAAGCCACUGCUAGGGUUUGUGUCGUCUCAAAGAUCCCAGGCAUGCCCUUCUCUGAACAGUAAUGCAGAUUCAAACAGCUUCUUCAAUUACUAUCUGAGGAUGGGGCAAUCAACUGUGACCACGUUGCAUAGUUUUCAGCAAACAUUUUUAAAUAUCCUGUCAAAUAUCCCUCUUUCUGGGAAUCUGAUGAGUGCUGUGAGCAGCCUUGUGGAUGCCGCUGUGAGAUAUGCCACAACGUUUAUGGCAAUGUUACUCCAACUACCAAUGGACUACAUCAAAAUAGCUUUACAGUUUGGGAUUAGAAUACCAUCUUUAGAUGGAAAAGAGACCUGUGAGCAAGGAGAUCUCAAGCAGCUCAUUAUGUGGGGAAUAAACCACAAUGUGAGCUGGUCCCUCACUAACUCCAUCAUUGACAUCCUCCUGGAUAUCUUCCUGCCUCCAGAACAGCCUCUGUGCACAUAUCCAGGGCCAGAGUGCCAGAAUCCUAGUGUCCCCUUCCAACCCAGCAUCAAAGAGGCAAAAAGUGAUACUGACAACCGUGACAUCCUUCUACAGUGUGACCGCCACAAUCUGGCAAGGCUCAAUGACACACUAUGUGCUGACAUCCUCAUGGGUUCUAGCGUGGGGUCCUCUACAUCCCUGCAUAUCAUUUGCCAAGCACUAAGCUCCCUCAGCCCCAAUCAGAUAGAGAAUGUGUGGAGCAAUGUGUGUUACGUUAUUCAAGCACUGAUGUCCCCACUCCUCAGCAGGUCAUCUGACUGCAGCCCUGGGGACACGCAGCCUUCCCCUUCCGUCACCCCUCUAUCUAAGACUCUUCCCCUCCUCAGUUCUGCACCUCAUCGAGUAGCCAGAGAAGCCUCGAACCUCAAACAGCUGGCCUGUAACUACAGCAGCUGGUUAGAAAACAAGGCAGUGGACGCUGUCCUUGUGACAGUGUGCAGUGAUAACGAACGAGAGACGUUUGUGAAGCAGGUGUGUAACAAUGCUAUGUUGAUGAGGAAGCUGCUCACAGACAAGAUGAACAGCUGGCUGUAUGUGUACUGUGCCAACUCCUCUGCUGACCAUGCGUACAUGGUGAGUCAUUUCUGCAACUAUGAGCUCUGGAUUGACCAGCCAUCAGUCCAGGUGGGCCACCUCUUACUGGACUUCUGCAUGAGGCUGGACAGUCCCAGACUGACCAGAGCCAUUUGUGAGCACACUGGAUUCUUCAUGCUUUUAUUUUCUAACCCUGAAAAUGCCCAGUUCAUGCCUAACUGCACAAAUGUGUACCCUUUACCACCACUCUUUAACAUGGAUUCACUAGAGUUAGAUUCUUGUCAUUACUCAGAGUGGUAUAACAUCACGCAAAUUACUGUCAGUGUUUUGUUACAGUGUAUCCGACUCGAUCAGAGUGGUUUUACUCAAGAGGUUUGCGCUAACAAGACAUUUCUAGAUAGCCUACUGCUUAACAAGGCAAAUGACUGGCUUGAGAAUCACUGCGAUACCGCUCUCACCUUGCCAACCUCCGAGCAAACCCCAGUUUUUGGCAUCGCAGAUUGGUGUGACUACAGCACAUGGGGAGAGUGGCAGGUGGACGAGUCAGUAGUUGGCUUCUGUUGGCAAAAUGAUAAAGUUGCUUUCCAGAAGAAUGUCUGCUGCAAUGUGUCUAUGUUUGAAAUGCUAUUGCAAAACCCUCAGAACCAAUGGUUGCUGUCAGGCUGCACAGACCUACAGGAGAUAACGGCGUCACCACAGGUGUGCACAUACUCUGAGUGGACCAGUCCCAUCAUUGUGGACAUGACUGAGCUAGCUCUUUGUGCUGAGAUGGACACACUUAACUUCACCACCAAAAAACUUGGUAAAGCAGUUGAACUGGACCUGCUCAGCUGA